GAUAGAAAGGUGCAUAUUGUGUACAUGGGAUCACUUCCUAACCGCGUGUAUUCACCAUCGUCACAUCAUUUUACCAUGCUUCAAGAUGUCAUAGGGGCUAGCUUCGAAGAAAAUUUAUUGGUCAGAAGUUACGGAAGAAGUUUCAAUGGAUUUGCAGCCAAUAUCACUGAUUCUGAGAAACAGAAGCUUGAAGCAAUGGAAGGAGUUGUUUCAGUUUUUCCAAGGACAAUUUUUCAUCUCCAGACAACGAGAUCCUGGGGCUUCUUGGGGUUUAACGAUACCCGCAAGCUUCAUGAUCCAAGAGUUGAGGGCAAUAUUGUAGUUGGUGUUAUUGACAGUGGAAUCUGGCCUGAAUCAAAAAGCUUUAAUGAUAAAGGUUUUGGUCCUGCACCAAAGAAGUGGAAGGGUGCAUGUAAUGGUGGCAAAAAUUUCACUUGCAACAACAAGAUUAUUGGAGCGCGAUUUUAUACUACAGACUCCGCAAGGGAUACUGAUGGUCAUGGAUCCCAUACUGCUUCUACAGCAGCAGGAAACGAAGUAAGUGAUGUAAGUUUUUUUGGAAUGGCAAAAGGAGUUGCGAUAGGAGGGGUUCCUUUCGCAAGAAUUGCUGCCUAUAAAGUUUGUGUAGAAAAUGGGUGUGGCACCGAAGCUCUUUUGGCUGCUUUCGAUGAUGCUAUUGCUGAUGGAGUUGAUGUCAUAACAAUUUCAAUAGCUCCAGCAAUUGGGCUAGAUUUUGUGAAUGAUCCUAUCGCAAUUGGCGCUUUUCAUGCAAUGGCGAAAGGAAUUAUUACAGUGCAGUCUGCAGGAAAUUCUGGUCCUUCAAGUACUUUAGUGGCAAGUGUAGCGCCAUGGAUUCUUUCUGUUGCAGCAAGCACCAUUGAUCGUUCCUUCGUCAAUAAAGUUGUUCUCGGAAAUGGCAAGACUUUAGUAGGCAAGGCAGUUAAUACUUUCAGUUUAAAUGGAGUUAAAUAUCCCUUGGCCUAUGGAAAAGGUGUUAUUGCUUCAGGCUGCACUGAUGAUCUUGCAGAGCGAUGCUUGGUAGGAUGUUUAGACAGUGGCUUAGUGAAGGGAAAAAUUGUGCUAUGUGAUGAGAUUGGUGGAUAUUCUGUUGUUCAAGACGCUGGAGGUCUGGGAUCACUACUUAAAGCGAAAAGUUCUGAAGCUAGUUCCAAUCUUUUCCCAGUACCUGUAUCAGCUUUAGUAGAUGUUGACUAUGACACAGUCAAGGAAUACAUUAAAACAACAGACAAGCCUGUAGCAGAAAUACUGAAAAGUGAGACCAUCGAAGAUUCAAAUGCUCGUAUUGUAGCUUACUUUUCUUCGCGUGGGCCAAAUUCCAUUGCACCAGAUAUUUUAAAGCCGGAUUUAUCAGCUCCAGGAGUGGACAUCUUGGCUGCAUUUUCUCCCCUAGCACCCCUCACAAAAGAUAAAUCAGAUUCUCGGCGAGUAGACUACAACGUGAUGUCGGGAACCUCCAUGGCUUGCCCCCAUGUCGCUGCAGUUGCUGCUUAUGUCAAAGCAUUGCACCCUGAUUGGUCUCCUUCAGCCAUCCACUCUGCUCUUAUGACAACAGCCUUGCCAAUGAAACCUUCAAGUACUUCCGAUGCCGAAUUUGCUUAUGGAUCUGGACAUAUCAAUCCUUUACAAUCUGCUAAUCCCGGGCUUGUAUACGAAGCUAGUAAAGAGGAUUACAUAAAAGUGCUUUGUGGGUUGGGCUAUAAUUCGAGUGAGAUCAAGAAAAUAUCAGGAGAUGAUAGCACCUGUCCUGUCGGGGCUGAUACCUCACUAGUGAGGAAUCUUAAUUACCCUUCAAUGGCUACCAACAUUACUGAACCAGGAAAACCAUUCACGGUUGUUUUUCACCGAACUGUCACGAAUGUUGGCCUUGCAAAUUCCGUUUACAAAGCAACAAUCUCCUCGAAUGCAAAUAUUAAAAUCACAGUCGAGCCUAACGUUCUCUCUUUCAAGUCUUUGAAUGAGAAAAUGUCAUUCGACGUCACAGUCGUUGGAAAUAAAUUGGAUUCUCCAGUAGUAUCUGGAUCUUUGGUCUGGUCCGAUUCCACUCAUCAAGUGAGGAGUCCCAUUGUCAUGUCCGCCUGUUAUACCUGUAAUAAUGUUAAUGGCAUUUAA